AUGAGUAAUGAGCUGCAAAACCUGGUCAGCUCUAAAAUGGUGCACGGCCCGUGCGGCGGCCUCAACCCGAGGUCGGCGUGCAUGGCAGACGGCGCCUGCACCAAAAAAUUCCCUCGGAACUUCCAGCGGGAGACGGUGGUGCCGGAGCGCAGCUACCCGCUGUACCGCUGCCGCGCUCCGGAGGACGGCGGUUUCACGACCGAGCCGCGCGGCCGUCCUGCCGACCGAGACCGCCCGCGGCUGGAUAGCCGCUGGGUUGUCCCUUACAACCCCUUCCUUCUGCGCGCCAUGAAAGCCCACGUUAACGUGGAGGUGAUAAGCCACUCGACCUCCUGUGUUAAGUACGCGGUUAAGUACGUACAGAAGGGCUCCGACCAGUCCACCUACACCGUGGUGACUAGUGAGGAGGGUGAGCUGGACGAGGUGGCCAUCUACCAGCACUGCAGAUACCUGGGCUCGAUGGAGGCGUCCUGGCGCCUACUGGACCUGCCGAUCCACGAGCACCAUCCGACCGUCGAACAGCUGGACCUCCACCUCAGCGACGACGAUCGGCGGCUCCAGUUUCGGAACGACGCCAAUCUGGAGGCUGUCCUCCAAAACCAGCGGGCCUCCAAGCUGACCGCCUUUUCCCAGCUGUGCGCCGCUGAUAAAUUCGCCCGUACUCUGCUCUACACAGAGAAGGCCAUCAGGAAGGCAGUCAGCACCAUUGACCAGGACGAGGCCCGGCGCGCGUGCUCCGCUUUCCGGCGCCGUCUCGAGAGGGUGCGGGACGCCGACGGCGGUCACAUCGAAGGCUUGCUGGAGGACGGCGAGCAUUGGGACCGCGCGCUGGCCGAGGCCACCACCAGCGGUUAUCCCAACCGGCUCCGGCUCCUGUUCGCCAUCAUCCUGACCGAGGGUGGCGCCACGUGUGAUCCGGUGCGGCUCUGGGCGGCUCACCAGCCGGCCAUGUCCGAGGACAUAACGCACCGCCAGGAGCUGCUGCGCGCCGCCGGCAGACCCUGCAUGUCGGCGGAGGAGAUCCAGCACGAGACGCUCCGGCGAGUCGGACUGUGCCUGCAGCGUCUCUGCGGCCGGACGGUCGGCAGCUUCGGUCUGCCGGAGCCCCCUGCCGGCCCUGUUGCAGCUGAAGCCGAGCCCGACUUCGCUCUCGACCAGCAGCAGGCGUAUCUGGCAGAAAACGAGCACCUACUGACGGCGGACCAGCGCGUCGUCUACGACGAAGUCGUGCGCAGCCAGGGAGAGGUGGCCGUCGCAGUGGCCACGUCCGGCAUUGCCGCCUGCCUGCUGGACGGUGGCACAACAGCGCACUACCGCUUUAAAAUACCGCUGCGCCUGCACGCAGAUGAGAACGUGUGCGGCAUCGCACAGAGGACGCCGGAGGCGGAGCUGCUCCAAGCCUGUCGCCUCAUCGUAUGGGAUGAGGCGGCCAUGGCCAACCGGCGCGCCUUAGAGGCAGUGGAUCGCACCAUGCGCGAUCUGCGAGACACCGACGAGGAGUUCGGCGGCAUCAUGACGGUGCUGUCCGGCGACUGGCGGCAAAUUCUGCCGGUUGUAAGGUAUGGCUGCCGGGCCCAAGUGGUGGACGCCUGCCUGAAGUCGUCCCCGCUCUGGAACACUGUGACGGUGAUGCAGCUGGAGACUAACAUGCGCGUCCAGCUGCAUCAAGACGCCAGAGCAGCCGAAUUCUCGGACUUCCUGCUGACAGUCGGCAACGGCGAGCUGCCCAUCGUCCGGGAGCUGGGAGAGGACGUCAUUGACGUGCCGCCAGAAAUCCAAAGCCCAGCCACCAGCGUCGCGGAGCUGGCUGUUCGGAUUUUUCCGGACCUGGCGGCCAACUAUGUGGACACCGAGUGGCUGCACCAGCGGGCCAUUUUGACUCCAAGGAACUCAGAUGUUGACAAGGUCAACCAGGUGCUGAUGGAGAUGCUGCCUGGCGCGACAGCGGAAUACCGAAGCAUCGACAGCAUGACGGACCCGGAGGCUGUGCCGAUGCCGACGGAAGUCCUCAACAGCCUGGAGCUUCAGGACUGCCGUCUCAUCGCCUGA